AAGAAAAAAAAAACUAAAUAAUAAUGAAAUGCUGGUAAAAGAAAUUAUAUAUACGGUUAAGAUGAGGAAAUAAAUUAUCGUUACGUAGCGUAGUAAACAACCAGAGAGAAAAUUACAGUUGAAAAAAGAAAAAAGAAAACUCAACAGUAUAGAAAGUUGGAAGUGAACAGCAUUGCAAAGCAAACACCAAAUAUUCUUCACGAAUCACGAGACCGAAGCCAAGCGUGCAAACAAACCAAGACCCAUGUAGUUUUGUGAAUUUGGGAUCAAAAGGGUAAAGCUCAUUUCUUGAUCCUGUUUAGUUUUGAUCGGAGAGCUGUAUAAUAGUGAAGAUGGGAGAAGAAUCAUGUAGGGAUUGCAGAAGCUGGGAAGAGGAAAUUUAUUGGACGCAUUUCCAGUGUCUCCAUUUCUCUCAGAUUCUACAUCCUGGUUUUGAUAGGCGGCUUGCAAUUCCAGAGCAAUUUACUAAAAAUUUGAGAAGGAAAUUACCUAAAAUCAUUACUCUUAGAGGUCCUAGUGGCAGAACAUGGGAAGUUGGACUCACAGCAAAUGAUGAUACUGUGUUUUUCAAUCAUGGUUGGGAAGCAUUUGUAAUUGACCAUUCUCUACAAGAGAAAGAUCUUUUGAUCUUCAAGUACAAUGGGGAUUCAUGCUUUGAUGUUCUAAUUUUUGAUGGUCAGAGCUUGUGCGAGAAGGCAGCUUCAUAUUUUGUCAGAAAAUGUGGACAUAGAGAACAGGAGAGUGGUUGCCAGACAAAAAGGAGGAUUGGGGAAAUUUCAGUUGAAGCUACUCUUCCUUCUCCUGAGAAUCCUGUUGAGGGACCUACACCUGAGAAAUCUGCAAAUACUGACAUUUACACAACACCAUUACGGCAACCUAUCACCUCCAGAGCCUAUACCAAAAAGACUCGGAGGGAAGUCGAGUGGAUUAAAGAUAUUCUUGAAGAAACUUCUACUUCUAUUGAGGAAGUAGAUACCAAACCUGAUAUUGAGCAAAUCAGUCCAGAUGUGAUACAUAAUGUUCCAUAUCUAUCAAGUAGAAGGCUAAUAACAGAGGAAGAGAAACAGAAUGCACUGCAAUUGGCACAAGCAGCAUUAACAAGCGAGGGCUUCAUGGUAGUUAUGAAACCCACGCAUGUAAACAGGAGAUUUUACAUGUCGAUACCUUCAGGAUGGAUGGUUAAACAUCUCAGCUCUCUGGAAAAGCAGGAUGUGAUUCUCUGCGUGAAAGAGAAACAAUGGGUCACCAAAUUCUGUUAUCAGAAAUCUAAACACAGUGGAGGUCUUUCUGGGGGAUGGAAGAGCUUUGCCUUGGCAAAUGACUUGCAGGAAUUUGAUGUGUGUGUUUUUGAACCUAGCGGACUGCAGAACAAUGCUGUUGUCCUGAAUGUUAACAUCUUUCCCGUUUAUCAAGAAGACCUGUGACCUUGGCAUCUCAACUGAAGCGUGGAUGAUAAAGAAACUGAUAGUUAGUGGUGAGAUGAGAGCAAAUCCAGGGAUCGCAUUUUACUUGUAGCUCGACAUGCCUAGUUUAUGUUAUAAUCUGUCUGUAUAGGAUGGGAUGGGUUUGAGUUUCCGAUGACCCUGCAACUGAUGUAUCUGUGGAGCAGCAAAAAGGCACCUGCCCGCCUAGUUUCUAAGUUAUAUGAAUGGGCCCUCUUUCUCUCCUUCCUGUCCUCUCAUGGUUCUACCUGUAUCACAUUCCCUUUGAAAUAACCAACACCCAGUCUUCCCAAAGGUGUCAGUUUUGUUGCCUGUCUCUCCCUAUCUUUUCAUUGUUAAUUCUAUUAAGAGUUGGGAGCUUCGCCAAUUCAAAUUUUUCUAUUAAGAGGAGGGAGGCUGCAUAUUCCAAUUUCGGUUUCAAUUUUAUUAUUAAUGAAGAGGCAUGAGAUAUCUUGGUCAA